AUUGGGAAAAUAAUACACAUAGCACUUAAAAUUAGAGGGUUUAAAUUUUUUACAAUUGAAUGUUAGAUUACACAUUUAUUCUUUUAAUUGUCAGGUAAAUUCGACUAUGUUUAAAAAGGAUUUUCCUCUUCUGUAUUUUAAGAUCUUUACCUGACCUCUGCUAUCUGGAGUAAGAAGAGGAUGGUUUCCAAGAGAAAAUUACAAUUGCAUAAGAAACCUAUUUGUGAUCAUUAUGUUGCAUAGGACACCUCGUAAAAUAUUAAAUAAGGUUGAUAGUAUAUUGUACAAAAGUUUUAUGUUUUGGAAGGUUUUCUAUCAUAAUUUAUCAAAUGGGCCAUUGUCUUAGCUGCUUAGGAAACCAAUCUAAUGCUGAUGUGGUUACAUCUACUCAAAGAAAUAAAGAUGAGAUGACAGAGAUUGUUUCUUCUAAUCAAGUUCCCACUGUAAUGAUAUCAGAUUAUCCACAAGAGGAGCCACUUUUGCAUAACAAUGAAAUCAGUAUUAACUGCUAUACAAACAGUUCUCACAUAUCCAAUGCGAAUGCACUGAAUUCUAUUAAUGAACACUCAUCCGGCGAUGGACUCCCAGCGCCUAAAGUACAUGUUAGUAAUGAGAAGACACCUAAGCCUUUUUACCACAAAUUGCCUUCAAUUCCUCAUAGCAUGUCAUCUUUGGGCUCGAGUGAAUCUCGUGUCUCAGAAUCAAAACUUAAUUAUUUAUUUGAUCAAUACAAAGAUAGCCAAGAGGAUACUAUUUUUGCUGAAGGUAUUGAGAAUCUAUGCAUCGAUCUGCAAUUGAAUCCUGAUGACUUCAAAGUUUUGGUACUCGCAUGGAAAUUGAAUGCUAGUCAAAUGUGUAGAUUUACUAAACAGGAAUUUGUUCAGGGUUUGAAAAGCAUGAAGACAGAUUCCAUUAAAGGAAUACAGCAAAAACUUAAUGACAUUACAAGUGAACUGAGUACUGAUUCUGAGCAAUUUAAAGAUUUAUAUAGAUUCACUUUUAAAUUUGGUUUAGAUGUGAGUACAGGGCAAAGAAUACUGCCUGCCGAUAUAGCUAUAUUGUUGUGGCGUCUAGUCUUCACUGGCAAUGAACCUCCAAUAUUGGACAGAUGGUUAAGUUACUUGGAAAAAAAUCCUCACAUCAGAGGAAUACCCAAGGAUACCUGGUACAUGUUUCUUAAUUUCUGUGAGUUUGUUGGUGACGAUCUCAGCAGUUACGAUGACACGGAAGCUUGGCCUAGCUUAUUUGAUGAUUUUGUAGAAUAUGAAAAUGAUCAAAUGAAUCAAAAUGUAACAAAAAACGACAUAAAGAUUCAGGAUUGAAUUUCUAUUUGCCAAAUAGUAGCUACUAUAGGUACUUAAACAAAUUGAGACUGAUCUGAUAACUGUUUAGUCAUCUAAUGUGGAUAAGAAAUUCUUUGUUGGAUGUCGCUACACAUGGAAUAUCUACUAUGGCUAAUUUGAGAUGUUUGCAAGUAAUGAACUGUAAAUACUAUUACAUUUUAUAAUUGUAUGAGUAUUUGUGGAACUAUAUACCUAUUUAAGCUUUAGUAUAAUAAUUGACAUUCCAGAAAUGGAAUUAGCCAAAAUUUGUAAAUAAAUAGUUUUAACUCUAGACUUGAUUAUAUUGUGUAUAGCUAAAUCAUUGAAGCAACAAGUCCCGAAAUUGUGAUGUCUUAGUCUUCUUUAAUAAACUAACUUAAUUAAUACUUACUUAACCAUGCUUUAGGCAUAAUAGAAUUUAUCAAAUAAACUUAUUUUUUACUAAAACUAUCAUUUGCAUUGAACAUAUUUUAAUCGCACAUGUAUGGUAAUAAAUGUGUUAUAUUUUUAUAACUUUUAAUGACAAGCGGAAAUUAGAUUACAUGGACUUAUGACAAUCCAAUUAGGAGAAAUUAUUUAUUUGAUUAUAUCAAAUCAGAAGGAGCGAGUGUAUCAGAAUAUAUGUUAAAUACAUUUCUUGAAGAUUUAAUUACUUAUAUAAAUGAACAUAUUUAUUUAUUAAAAGAACAAAAAAUCCGCAGUUAUGAUAAAAUUUUAUUUUAUUUUAAACAAAAUAUUUAAUAUAGUUGCAGUUGCAGACAGCUGUACUGUCGUCCGAGGUGAGAGACGGACGCCGCCCCCUAGCGGAUACGGAAAGGAACUUCUUCCUAAGACAAUACCUUAGUACGAGUUUCGUCAACCCAAACACUGUAUCAUUUACUUUUUACUUCGUCGUCGAGUUACAUACGAAAAUUAUUAUUUUUUAAUUUAACGUGUUUAGAUUGGCGGUACACUCGUUCUAAGACAGACCGUGUUCGGACUUGGGGACAACGUGCGUCUCGCUCCGUCCACGAUAUACACAAAAUAUUGUUAACAUUAUAUAUUUACCUCGAGCGUUAUUAUAAUACAUAAGCUUUUUUACGCCCCGCCACAAUACCGCACAAUAUAUCGAUGUCAUUUUCGUAUGAUGAAAGUUAUAAUUCGUUUAUGUAAGUACGUAGGAUAGUAAAAGAAAUUAAAAAAUUUAAAUAAAAAAAAAUGAUCUUGCAAUAGUGAAACCGAAAUAAAUACUUAAUAUGAUUCAAAUUAAAUUGAAAUCGGGUUGGAAUCAUGAGACUUGUUACAACCUCGUCUCAAUAAUAAAAACUAGUUAUGUAGUGUUGCCUGAGUAUUGAUCGUUAUUCAGAACAAUAAUUUAUUAUCUAUUAUCAUAAUUAAAUAAAAAUAUUGCAAGUAACAUAACUAACAAUAAAAUCAUACACAUCUGUCGAGUUUUGAUCUAAGAAAAUAAGUUUCUCAUUAGAAAUGGCUGAAAUAAACAUUCAUAUCAAUAUUAUAAGAAUAGCAAAUAAUUGUAAUAAAAAUAACCUUGCUUUAAUAUAGGGACCAGUAUAAUAAUAAUAAUUUUUACUUAAAAUUCAUAAUGAAAAUAUAAGAAUUACUAGUAUUACCAGGAUGAUCACAGUUCCAACGCCUAUUGGGCUUGGCUUUAUAUCUUUUCAGCCCAAAAUAUAAAUACAAACGGUCGUUGCUUGUGUUAGUGAUCAUCCUGAUAUUGACUACAUGAGAGCUUCAAAUCUUCAUACAUUCACACUCUUGUUUUUUGAUUUUUUUUUUUAUUUUCCUCUUUGCUCUAAACAUUAAUGAUGCUCGUGUUAUCCAGAUUUGAAAGAAACGAUCUUUAAAUGCGUACAAAUACUAUAUUUCCCAUUUCACCUGAUUCAUGUUGUUGAAAAUAUACAUUGGUCCAGAGCUAACUUUUAAAAUCCAUUUUCAAUCAUGGCUCGGA